AUGGCACCUUACGAGGCAUUAUAUUGUCGUAGGUGUCGCACACCUUCAUGUUGGACUGGGUUGGGCGAGCGACGUGUUCUGGGCCCUGAACUAGUUUUUGAUACCGAGGAUAAAGUUAGGUUCAUUCGAGAUCGACUGAAAGCGGCAUCUGAUAGACAAAAGUCCUAUGCAGACCUGAAGCAUUUUGAAAUCGAGUAUUCUAUGGGAGACUUUGUUUUUCUUAAGGUCUCCUCAUGGAAGAAGAAACAGGCUCCUGACAAUUGGCUGGGGGUUUUGCUACAAGACUUGAAGGAUGCUUGUUAUGAUGCAGAAGAUGUAGUGGAUGAAUUUGUAAUUGAAGCAUUGAGGAAACAGCUUCUGAAACAGAGGAGUAUCGGAAAAAAGGAUGAUCCAGCUAAGGAAGACAUACCCGUCCUUCCCAUAGUUGGAAUCGGAGGUCUGGGGAAGACCGCCCUUGCCAAACUGGUUUUCAAUGAUGCAGCUGUGGAUACUCACUUUGAGUUGAAACGAUGGGUGUGUGUUUCCGUUGACUUUGAUCUGAAAGGAUUAAUGGUAAAAAUCAUUAAAUCCGGAAAUGGUGGCUAUGGAGACCCUGGAAGCAGGGAUUUGGAGCGAUUACAGGAGUCAUUGCAGGAGUGCUUGAACGAAAGUGGGUGGAACUCAAAAAAUUUAUUAGCGGGAGGAGCUAGCGGAAGCAGAAUUGUAGUCACCACUCGGAGUAACCGAGUUGCAGAGAUCACAGGCACAAUCCCCUGCCACUAUUUGAAAGCUCUUCCUCAUGAAAAAUCUUUAUCCUUGUUUCUCAAAUUUGCUUUCAAGAAAGGGAAAGAGAAACAACAUCCAAACCUUGCGAAAAUUGGGCAAACAAUUGUGAAGAAAUGCCAAGGGAUUCCUCUGGUAGUGAAGGCAUUGGGGAGUUCGCUUUUCUUCAAAACUUCAGAGCAAGAGUGGACACUUGUCAGAGAUAGCGAGAGGUGGGAAUUAAUGGAGAAAGAUAAUGAAACACUGAACCAAUGUUUUGCUUAUUGCUCACUCUAUCCAAAGGAUUAUUGCUUUAAUGAGUUUGACUUAAUCGCAUUUUGGAUGGCUCACGGUCUUCUUGAAUCCCCCAGUAAAAACGAAAAUCCGUAUGAUAUUGGUAGGCAGUAUUUGAAUGAGUUGUUGUCAGGAUCCUUUUUUCAAGAUUAUGAAGAGGGACAUAUUUUUGAUACUUUUAAGAUGCAUCAUCUUUUCCAUGGUCUUGCAUUAUCAGUGUCAAAGAAUGAGUGUUGUGUAGUCAACUCCUUUGAGCAAAAUACUGCCUCUGGGAUUCGACAUGUGUGCCUUAUUAACUCCCACCAAAAUCCCUCCGAAUUCCUUAAUAGAUUUGGCCAUUUGCGUUCACGCAGGCUUCCCGAUUCCGACAAAUCCUAUAUUGAAACAUGUCUAAAAAGGUUCCAACGUUUGCGGAUGCUUGAUCUUUCUGAGUCUACUCUCCAAGUAUUGCCCAAAUGGAUUUGUUAUUUGAAGCAUUUAAGGUUUCUCGACCUUACUAACUGUCCCAACAUCAAGAAACUUCCCAACUCCCUUUGUGAGUUGCACAAAUUGCAAACUCUGAAUUUGCAUGGUUGUGGCCAAAUUGAAGAGCUGCCUAAGUAUAUGAGUUAUUUAUGGCUGUCCAAUCUGAAAUAUUUGUUUCAAGAGAUUCAGGCACUCACAUCCCUGAAUACACUGGUUAUUGCUACUUGCAAAAACUUGGUAUCAUUGCCACUUGGUUUGGAAAAUCUAACUGCAUUACAAUCUCUAAUUAUUGCGGAUUGCGAACAGCUUGAUUUGAGUAGGACACAAGGAUUCCAAGAGAAAGAAGUAGAAGAAGAUGGUUUCAGCCUUCUAUCAUUGGGAAUUAUAAGCUUACCUAAGCUGGGGGCUCUACCCCAACGGCUUCUACGAGGGUCCGCCAACACCUUAAAGAAUCUGACCAUUGCAGACUGUGAACCUCACAACUUCAGCAGAGUGGCACAAUCUCACAUCACUUGA